GGAGAAUUCCAGAGUCAUAUGGCAAGUCUACAAUUACAUCGCAAACAUAUACAAAAGUCAUUUCAAUGAAUAUCAACCCAAGGGAAUUCAAACGAGAUGCACAGAACAUCCAUGCCUGGUUAGUCGGCAACGGGGUGGCUUCCCUAGCUGCCGCUGUUUACUUGAUAAGGGAAGGCAAGGUUCUUGGUCCAAAUAUCCAUAUUCUUGAUCUUCACCCGGGCUUUGAAGGAGAAAUGGCUACACUUGGGGAUGCAGAGAACGGGUACUUUCUGCCAUACCAGUGCCUCCCUCAUUUCCAUGGUACUUGCAUCGAGAGCCUGUUGUGCCUCGUGCCUAGUAUCCUCGAUCCCGACAUGUCACGGCUGGACGACAUUCGCGAGUUCGGUAGACAGCAACAGUCACACCCAGAAGCCGACAGGGCACUGGGAGCGAUAAAAUUAAAAGCAUCAGCUUCAGAUACUGUGUACACAGGAGGGUACCAAGUUGGGUUAAAGCAUCGAUUUGAGCUAGUCAAGCUCCUCCUAGAAAGUGAGAAAACAUUAGCUUCAAAAAAGAUCAAUGAAGCUUUCGAUGAGUCAUUCUUUGACACAGGGUUCUGGCUGUACUGGUCUACGACAUUUGCAUUCCAGCCAUGGCAUAGUUUGAGUGAGUUUCAAAGACAUCUUCGCAAAUACUUGGAAGAUAUCCGGUCCCUCAAACAUGUCAGUGGGUCCAUCAAGACCAGAUAUAACCUAUUCCACUCUAUCGUCCUCCCGAUCAUUGCUUAUUUGAAGGACAAAAAGGUUGAUUUUCGCUUCAACAUCGAGGUAUCAGAUAUCAGAUUCUAUCCUGAGAGUGACCCAGAAACAGUCUUUGAGAUAGCAUUGUUGAAGGAUGGAGAGGAAUGUCUCGUUUCGCUGGACUCUGACGAUAUCUGCUUGGUUGACCUGGGUUUUUCACGCUCCGGUGCGGUUUAUGGUACGAAUGUGGCCUCCCCACCAUUCUUGUCCUCCAACUGGGAGGAUCUCUUGAUGCGUGAGUGGAGAUUAUGGCAAGGGCUUUCUAGCAAGUCCUCCAAAUUUGGAAACCCAGUUAACUUUCUUUCACGAGCUCUUGAAUCUGGGAUUGAGACCUUCACCACAACUGUACGGGGGACGGAUUUCAUGCGGCUAUAUGACAAGCUCACCUAUGAUCCAGCCGGGACUAGUGAUACACUAUCCCUGGCAGACAGUAAUUGGUUGAUAACGAUCAGCGUUCCACACCAUCCGGUGUUUCCAUCCCAGCCAGCUGACAGACAUGUCGUUUGUGGAUACGCACUGAGCCCUGCGAGGGAGGGCAAUUUCGUGAACAAACCCAUGUUUGCUUGCUCUGGCAUGGAGGUUUUUACCGAGGUUCUUUCCCACCUGGGCUUCCCAUUACAACCCAUACUCGCUAAGUCAAUUACUAUCCCUUGUGGGAUGCCGCUGGGAACCGCCCCCUUUUUGACACGUAGUAGCCAAGAUCGUCCAGAGGUGGUCCCUCAUGCGACUACCAACAUUGCAUGCCUUGGUCAAUUUACUGAGCUUCCGGACGAAACUACGUUGAGUAUUGAGUACAGUGUGAGAAGUGCUCAGCAGGCUGUCUAUACGCUAUUAGACCUUCCAAGGUCACCACCAAAGGUAAAGAAAAAUAUACUCUGGGAGGUGUUUGAUAUAUUGGUGUAACCCGUGCACGUCACGGUACACCCGAUCCCACCUCGGGUUUAUGUUUUUGCAAAUUCUGUGGGGUACCUUUACCGGCAUGUGUAUCUUGGAUUGAUGGGAGCGCUCGCAUCUGUGCCUGGGGUCUCUGUAUGCGGUGGUGACGAAGCUGAAAAAAGCCUUAUUGCCUUUUUUUAGGUAAUUUGUGAACUCCUAAAGGAAAAACGUGCACAAAGUACGAGAGAACAUCGGUCUUCUAUCAUAAACACCUUGUGACGUAUUUGAUCCAUGAUGAAGCUCAUGAAAGAUAGCCCAUGUCACAGCCAGUGCAGGGUCAAGGGAGGUACUAGUUCCCUUGAUGCAAUUUGAUUGUAAAAAUUAAUAUAACUAAUUGUUCUGCUGUUGAGAAA